AGAGCACGAGUAGAUAUAGAAUAAUUGGUAGUCGCUUACAACAAAUUCUUUCCAAAGAUGAGGGGAGGGGUAGAAAUUGAAGUAUAUGAAGAAUUUUUGCUAGAAAUGCUUAUGUAAUAACAGGAGAAAAUAAAACUGAAAAAACGAAAAGCUCCAGAACAGAUAAUCAAAGCCUUUUUACUCGUUGUAAAAAAGAAAAAAAAAAAUCAUUUUUAUAUUUUGAGUUGUGGAAAAAAUGGUGAAGGCUGGCUAGUAGCACCGAGAGCAUCUGGUCUGUGACCACGCCAGUUCUCGCGAGACUUGAGUGUAGUGAUGGGGAAACAGCAAAAUGGCGACUAUUGAUGGCUACGCGAUAGACUAAAAGACAGAGGGACGUUUUAAAGAAAGAGAGAAGAAAAGAAACAAAUUAAUAAGAAUUAACUGCAAUAUAUCUCUAGCCAUGGCAGACAUUGAUGUGGACAUAACAUCUCUUCCUGAAGAUGUUCAAGAAAAACUUGCUGAAUUGGAUCUUGAACUAUCGGAAGGUGAUAUUACCCAGAAAGGAUAUGAAAAGAAAAGGAACCGUUUGUUGGAGCCUUACAGAAAAAAUGAAUCAGGCAAGACGAGUUAUAAUAGAAUCCAAGUGUUAACUUCAGCCAAAUUUUCUGGAGAAGUUAAUGAAAGAAACAUGAGAUUCUUAUCUGCAGCAUCAUCAGCAGGUCCCAGCGCCCCAAGUCCUUCGACUGCCGCUCAGCGAAGAGCACAUCGAAGGCUCACCCGAGAGGACAACCGAUAUCAUUCAGAAAUCCGAACCGAGGCUGUGAUGCAGGCUCUGGCAAUGCAAAAUAAGAAAGUCCCUGUCAUGCCUCUCCCAUCAAAGCGCACAUCUGUGAAUUACCAUGGCCAACAGCAACAUCAGCAGCAACGUAGAGAGACACAUGGUACUUACUACUCCAUUGAUUCAUCAACUGAUGAUGAUGAUGACAGUGUGUUUGAUGAAGAGAAUUCCCAAAACGACUUUGCUCGUGGUAACAGAGGAAGAGACAGUGGUACCAGUUCCUCUUCGUAUACUGAUGCUGGUGCUUCCCCAGUUCACAAAGGAACUGAUCGGCCAUACAGUGUUGCAUAUGCUAACAUCAGUAUCCCUGGUAAUACAGCACGACAUGCCCUUGCUGAUGUUAUGCAGAAUACUCGCCAUUCUCAGCAUUACUCCCAACCACCAGAUGUGACAAGCAAUGCCUCCAAAAGUAUGCGUGGGGCCGACAGAGUUAACCGUUAUGGUCAAGCACAUGCAUCUUCGAUCAGAGUUGGAUCUACUCAACUUUCCACUUUUGAAGAAGAGCCAGGUAAUCUCCCGACCGGAUUGAGUGAACUUCAAUCUAUGGAUGAUGCAGCUAUAGUAAACUGGAUCAUAAAUUCAAGACAUGGCAAAGUAUCUGCCAAAAUCCAGCAGCUGUUAAACACAUUGAAGCGUCCAAAAAGGAAACCUUUGAGGGAAUUUUUCAUUGAUGAAGAUGAAGCUUUAGAAACACCUCCCAUAGAUCCAAAUGCACCCAAACCUGAAGGAGCUGAACUGACUCCCGUUGCAGGAGAACAACUCUGUAUUCCUUCGGGUUUACCAAAGAGUUUAGAAGCUGCUGUUCAGAGAUAUGGUUCAUCUACUUAUAAGGCCAAUGCAAUUACAGUACUUGACCAAAAUGGCAAGCCCACAUAUAAUUUGACUUAUGGAAAACUAUUAAGCAGAACUUAUAAAAUAGCCUACAAUUUAUUGAACAAAGUUGGUCAAAAGAGUGGAGAAAUCGGAAUCAAAAGCGGUGAUAGAGUUGCACUUGUGUAUCCCAACAAUGAUCCCAUCUCAUUCAGCUGUGCUUUUUAUGGAUGCAUUCUUGCUGGUGUUGUACCAGUGCCAGUAGAGGUCCCUCUCACAAAACGAUUUGAAGAGAAGGUCUAUAAUGAUUCCACUAAAAGCAAAGUACAGGAUGCUGGUGGGUUAGGAAUUGGAUUCCUUUUGGGUAACCUUAAUGUUAACUGGGCCCUUACAUCAGAAGCUUGUAAUAAAGCAUUACCUAAAACGCCUAAUGGGGAAGUAAUUAUUUUCAAAGGAUGGCCCAAACUCAAUUGGUUUGUUACUGAAAACAUGGGUAAACCACCAAAAGAUUGGCAACCCCCUCCAAGAGUUGCAGAUAAUAUUGCUGCCUAUGUAGAAUAUACUACAAGUAAAGAUGGGAGUACCGUUGGUGUGACUGUGGCACAGAGUACUAUGCUAUGUCAUUGUCGGACACUUACUGUCGCAUGUAACUACACAGAAGGAGAAGUAAUGGUCUGUGUAUUAGACUUCAAACGUGAUGUUGGUCUCUGGCAUGGCAUAUUGUGUAGUGUUUUUAACGGAAUGCAUGUGAUUUUCAUUCCUUAUUCUUUGAUGAAAGUUGACCCAGCAUCCUGGAUGAAGAUGGUGACAAAAUACAAAGCUGCUGUGGCUGUAGUGAAAUCACGUGAUAUGCAUUGGGGCUUGUUAGCUCAAAAAGAUCACAAAGAUGUAAACUUUAAUACUCUUCGUAUGCUGCUGGUCGCUGAUGGUGCCAAUCCUUGGUCUCUAACCUCCUGUGAUUCUUUCCUGAGUGUAUUCCAAUCAAAAGGUUUGAAACCUGAGAGUAUUUGUCCAUGUGCUGGAUCUUGUGAAGCUCUUACUGUAUCAGUUCGAAGACCUGGAAAAACAGGAAGCACUACUUCUGGCCGAGGUAUCCUGUCAAUGCAAGGCCUGAGUUUUGGAGUAGUUAGAGUUGAUAGUGAGAACAGCCUGACAUCUCUUACACUACAGGACUGUGGCCAGGUUAUGCCUGGUGCUGUUAUGGUGGUUAUAAAAACUGAGGGGCUACCCUACUUAUGUAAAACAGAUGAAGUUGGUGAACUCUGUGUAUAUGCUGGGUACACUGGAGGUAGCUAUUGGGGGCUGCAAGGACUCAGCAGUAAUACAUUCCAGGUUCAACCACUACGAAGUGAUGGCCGACCGAUAGGGGAUAAAAUGUUUGUUCGGACAGGCUUGUUAGGAUUUUUAGGCCCCGGGGGGUUAGUCUUUGUAUGUGGAAGUAAAGAAGGUUUAAUGACUGUAUCUGGGCGAAGACAUAAUACAGAUGAUAUUAUUGCCACUGUUUUAGCUGUUGAACCAAUGAAAUUUAUCUAUAGAGGAAGAAUUGCCGUCUUUUCUAUAAAUGUUCUGAAAGAUGAAAGAAUUGUGAUUAUUGCUGAACAAAGACCAGAUUGCUCAGAAGAAGAAAGUUUCCAAUGGAUGAGUCGUGUUCUACAGGCUGUAGAUAGCAUCCACCAAGUUGGGGUGUAUUGUUUAGCUCUAGUGCCCCCGAAUUACCUGCCAAAGACCCCACUUGGUGGCAUCCAUCUUUAUGAGACAAAGGCCAAAUUUUUGGAUGGUUGCUUACAUCCUGCCAAUGUACUAAUGUGUCCGCACACAUGUGUAACAAACUUGCCUAAACCUCGAGAACACCAUCCAGGUUCUCUUGCAGAUGUCACCCCUUCAGCAGUUCAUGUUGGGAAUAUCGUUCAAGGCAUGCGGCUAGCCUGGGCCCAAGGUCGUGAAUUUCUCAACUGUGAAGAAGAUGGUGACCAAGGAAAGAAGCAUCAAUUCCUGACAGAGAUCCUUCGAUGGCGGUCACAAUCAAACCCAGAUCAUAUUGUUUUCACUUUGCUCAAUUCAAAGGUGCAACCUGCACUUGUGAUGACUUGCUCGCAAUUACAUAAGAAGGCUGAACGUAUUGGUUGCCUACUGAUGGAGAAGGGUCGUCUCAACACAGGAGACCAUGUAGCUUUGGUUUACCCACCAGGGCUGGACUUAGUUACUGCAUUUUAUGGCUGCCUUUUUGUGGGUUGUGUGCCUGUUACAAUAAGACCACCACACCCACAGAAUGUAGCCACUACCCUACCCACAGUUAGAAUGAUUGUUGAAGUAAGCAAGUCUGUGGCAAUCCUUACAAAUAACCCUAUUGUUAAACUGCUGAAAAGUAAAGAAGCAGGUGCUGUUGUUGAUCCCAAGACUUGGCCUCAGCUCUUAGAUACUGAUGACCUUGGCAAGAAGAAAUUAUCAGUUGUCUACCGUGCACCUACACCUGAGAUGCUCUGUUACCUCGAUUUCAGUGUGUCAACUACAGGAAUGCUUGCUGGAGUCAAGAUGUCUCAUGCUGCUGCCACAGCUCUUUGUCGAUCUCAGAAACUCCAAUGUGAGCUGUAUCCCUCCAGAGACGUAGCCCUCUGCCUUGACCCAUACUGUGGUCUUGGCUUUGUGUUAUGGUGUUUGAGUAGCAUUUAUUCUGGCCACCAUUCCAUAUUGAUUCCCCCAUCAGAAGUGGAAGCCAACCCAGCAGUAUGGUUAACUGCUGUCCAUAACUACAAAACUCGUGAUACGUUCUGUUCCUAUGGUGUUAUGGAACUUUGUACUAAAGGUUUGGGAACAUCCACUGCGGCCCUUAAAGCCCGUGGCAUCAAUCUGUCUUGUGUGAGAACAUGUUGUGUUAUUGCUGAGGAAAGACCAAGAAUUCAACUAACCACUUCAUUUACAAAAUUAUUUGCCAACCUUGGUCUUGCUCCACGUGCAGUUAGUACCAGUUUCGGUUGCAGAGUGUGCAUCGGAGUUGCACUCCAGGGUGCUUCAAGUCCUGAACCAUCUACAGUGUAUGUUGACUUGCGUGCUCUCAGGAAUGACAGAGUGACCUUGGUUGAGAAAGGAAGUCCUCAUAGCUUGUGUUUGCGGGAAUCAGGAAAGCUUCUUCCAGGAGUAAAAGUUGUAAUAGCCAAUCCUGAAACUAAAGGCCAAUGUGCUGACUCACAUCUUGGAGAGAUUUGGGUGAGCAGCCCCCACAAUGCCACUGGUUAUUACAGUAUCUACGGGGAUGAAUCUUUGCACAACGAUCACUUUGAUUCAAAACUUGCUACUGGAGACAUCCAUACUUCCUAUGCCAGGACUGGUUUCCUUGGCUUCAUUAGGCGUACUGAGCUAACACAAUCUGACGGAGUUUUUAAUCAUGAGCAGAAUCCUGGCCAACAACAGACUUCAUCAUCAGCAGAGCGCCAUGAUGCUAUAUUUGUGGUUGGUAGUCUUGAUGAAACAAUUAUGUUGCGUGGUAUGCGCUAUCAUCCAAUUGAUAUAGAGAAUUCUGUCCUUCGCUGUCAUCGUAAGAUAUGUGAAUGUGCUGUGUUUACCUGGACCAAUUUACUGGUCGUUGUUGUUGAACUGGAUGGAAACGAAAAUGAGGCUCUUGAUUUGGUUCCCUUGGUAACCAAUGUUGUACUAGAAGAGCACUAUUUGAUAGUCGGUGUUGUUGUAGUUGUUGAUCCAGGAGUCAUUCCUAUCAACUCUCGUGGUGAAAAACAACGUAUGCACCUCCGAGAUGGCUUCCUCGCUGACCAGUUGGAUCCAAUCUAUGUUGCCUACAAUAUGUAACAAGCUGAACAGUGGCAAUGGACAUACAACUGUUUGCUUAGUAUACAUACACACAUGCGCAUGUGUGUGCAUGCAUGUGUGUGUGUGUAUGUAUAUAUAUAUAUAUAUAUAUAUAUGCAUGUGUGCAUAUGUAUAGGGUUGUAUGUGUUUGUAUAUACAUAUAU